CUGUAUCAUCUGUUUCUUGUCUUGAUUUUUUGGUAAAGGUGAUGAACCAUGAAGAAGAAAAGAGCCAGCCAGUCCAGCAGCGACUCCAUCUGCUCUCAUCUUGGCCUUUGCUAUGACCACCCGAUCAAACAAUGUAGACCUUGUGCGGACAGAAGCAAGGGCUCCAGGACCAACUUAAGUGUAAAUAACACCACUUGCCACCACAUCAGCUUCUGCUAUGACCGUCUCAUUGAACAAUGUGUAAGCUGUGAAGCAAUGCAAAGAGGCACCGCAAAGGAGCGAAUCGCCAUCCUCAGAGUGACCACCAUGACACCGCAAGCACCAGCACUUCUUGAAGUAGACCAGGCUUGUUUGGGAAUAACCUUAGCUGUCUAUGUUUUUCUGGGGAUAGUUCUGGUCACGACAGUGUUUUUGUUUGUAACAAGGCUGAAACAGAAGAGAAGGAAGAGGGUGAGAAAAUCUGAUGAAGAGGAUCCUAAAGAAAAUGAGAACGUCAUCAUUUGCAUUGAAAACGAAGCUCACAAAGGCCACAGCUGUCUGCCAGGAAAUGAUGAUUCUAAACCAGCCCAAGGCCCAGAUUCAAUUGGUACUUCAGACACUGCCAAACACAACAUCUUAAUAAGGAAUAUGCAUUAUACUGCUAUUGAUGGAAGUGAUGUCACUGAAGCAGCUUCUCUCUCUGCCUGUGAUUUAAAAAACACCAUUCCAGUGCCGGCAACUGAACUGGGUGCAACUAUGCUGGUGACCACCAAGACUACUCAGGAAGACUUCAUUGGUAAAGAGGUACCAUAACAAUUGUUUUAAAAGGACUGAUAUUAGCAGACACUGCCUCCAACAUUAU